GCGCGAGCACAAGGACGACAGGUGGAGCUGUGACCUCUGUUAGACAGCCGAUGAGUGAGAUCGCCUGAAGCUAAAAAGCGAAGUUUAUGUUACUUGAAUUGCGAGUCCAUGGUGAUACAAUGGUUCGGUUGCGAACUUAAGUGAGGACCAUGCCGUCAUCGGAAGUUUUGGUCGUUGCAGUUUAUCUCCUUGCUGGGGUAACACUUGACAAAUCUCAGGAUUUCAACUGUACCUUUGAAAGCUCAAGUCUUUGUGGCUGGACGCAGUCAACACUUGACGAUUACAAUUUGGAUUUGGGUGUUGGGAAAUCCCCAUCAAGUGAAACAGGUCCACUAUUCGAUCAUACCUUUGGAGCAGAUGAGAGUGGAGCGUAUGUCUACCUGGAAUCAUCUAGAAAAGCAGGAGGAAGUCGGGCAGUUCUUUUGAGCCCUCCGGUUCAAAGGUCACACGAACGUUCCAGAUGGUGCUUUAGUUUCUGGUAUAACAUGUUCGGAAGUCAAAUAGGAUCUCUCCGUGUGUUUGCAUAUUCGACCCAAACUGGCCAUAAUUUGACGACUAAACUUCCCAUGUUUAGUUUGUCCGGUCAACAGACUGGUCAGCGCACGUGGGUCCAAGCCUCAGUCGAUAUUUCCAAUCGAGCAUCCAUUUUCACGGUGGCAUUGGAAUUUAUCGAUAAGGAUGGACAUCGAGGUGAUAUUGCGAUUGAUGACGUCGAACUUCAACAAGAUUCUUGUCCCGAUGUUUUAAGUUUUGACUGUAGUUUUGAUGACGGGCCGUGUGGGUGGAUCCAGUCUGUUGACGAUGACUACAACUGGGUGUUGGAACGUGGACAUACCAGCUCGCGUCACACAGGACCUGAAUUUGACCAUACCACAAAUGAUUUAAUGGGCCUAUAUUACUAUGCCGAAGCUACCGAAUAUUCAGCCGGUGAUAAAGCUGUUCUCCUCAGCCCAGUGGUAACGGUGAGGCUUAGUCAGCAGGAUAUUUGGUGCUUCAGUCUUUGGUACAACAUGUACGGCCAGGAAAUUGAUUCCCUGAGAGCAUAUGCGUAUCCUUCAAGCGAGGUUUAUGCAUUUAGUACACGGGAACCAGUGAUAGUUAUCAGCGGCCAACAUACGGGAAGGAGGGUAUGGUUACAAGCAAAGAUUGAAAUCAGAAAUCAAAGUACUGACUUCACAAUAGCUAUAGAGGCGAUUCGGGGAAGUGGACAUGCAAGCGAUAUCGCUUUUGAUGAUGUGACAAUAUUUCAAGGAGAAUGUCCUAGAGACACAAGUGUAGGUUUUGACUGUGACUUUGAGGGAGGCUAUUGCGGAUGGAUACAAUUUAGUGACGACGGAGCUAACUGGGCAUUGGAGCGCGGAGAUACGUAUUCAGCCAACACAGGGCCCGAAUAUGAUCACACAUUCGGCGCGCCGAAUGGAACAUACCUAUUUCUCGAAGCAGAUCAGGCAGAGGAAUUAAGAGCUGUUAUCAUAAGCCCUGUUGUAACCAACAAGUUCAGCUACAACAGGUCAUUAAGUUUUUGGUAUAACAUGUUUGGAAGUGGAUCGGGUACCCUAAAUGUGUACAGGACGGCAGUUGGCGGUAACAUCAGCGAGGGGAUACUCAUCUUUUCACGUGAUGGUCAGCAAACAGAUGGGACGACAUGGCUGAAGGCGAAAAUAGCGUUAUCAAACCUGUCAUCGGAAUUUCGGAUAGCAUUUGAAGCGAGUGCAAACUCGUUUCGAUCGGACAUUGCCAUCGACGACGUGUCAAUCUCUGCUGAUGAAGAUAUUGAAGCUCCAGAUGUCUCGUGUCCUAGCAAUAUUGGUUUCCUGAGUACAGAUAGCGGUGUCGCAACUGCUGUCGUCUCAUGGUCGCCAUUGCCAUCAGUCACUGAUAACGUCGAUGUCCUUUGUUAUAGCAACAUCACGUGUGCAGAUGAAGUGGGCAAUAUUGUCAGAUCUGGUGGUGUGUAUGGACUAGGCACAACGACUGUGACAUGCAGAGUCAGUGAUAGCUCCUCGAAUGAAGGCUACUGCCAGUUUGAAAUUAUAGUUGUAGAUUCUGAAGCUCCAAAUAUCACAUGUCCAACUAGCGUCCUUUCGAUUGGUACUGAUAUUGGCGUGCCACACGCUGCCGUGUUUUGGUCACCUAUGCCAUCAGCAGUUGACAAUGUUGAUGUUUUUGACGGCAGUGACAUCACAUGUCAAAACGGUGCCGGCAAUGUCGCAGUUUCAGGUGCCCUUUACGAAUUGGGCACAACAAGAGUGACAUGUCACGUGACCGAUUCCGCCUCAAAUCGACAGACCUGCCGAUUCACCAUCAUAGUUGUAGAUAAAGAACCGCCCCAUGUAACGUGUCCAACCAGUGUGACAUCUGUGAGCACGGGUAGUGGAAAUGCCACUGCUAUCGUGUCAUGGCCAUCGUUGCCAACUGUUACAGAUAAUGUCGACCUCCUAGAUUCAAGCGAAAUUAUAUGUCAAGAUGAUGCAGGAAACGAUGUGGUAUCAGGUGGCAUUUAUGGAGUAGGAACGACAGUCGUAACAUGUAGAGUCAAGGAUUCUGCUCUGAAUGAAGGAUUGUGUCAGUUUGCCAUCGUAGUUGAAGAUCUCGUCAAUCACUCGGCAUCGUCAUCAGACAGUGCUACCUUCAUUGCCAUUGGCGUUGCUGGGGCCGUGCUGGUAUUCGGCAGUAUCUCAUGCAUGGUUGUAAAAUACAACCGACGUGCCCGGGCAGGUGGCACGCAGCAUACACCGUGGCCAGAAUUCGCCGAUCGCGAGCAGUGCCGCUCUGACAGGACUCUUGAUACCAACUUCUCAUUUAUGGUAUCUGGCUCUUUAUCGUUGCAGGACAUGAGACUUCCUCGGCAACCUGUGGCCAAAGAUUUCGACUUCUAGCAUCGGACGCCAAUGAAUGUCUAUCGGGUGGUCCGAAUAAGAGCACGUGCAUGACACUGGAAAUAAUCAUGCUUGAGCAAAAUAGUUGGAAUUAGUUUCAUCAUUUAAUGCAGCUGUCAUACAUUUUACCUUCAGCAACAAGGUUGUAGGAGCAAUACCCAAAGUCGAUUCCUGUUUUAGAAGUUGGAUUUUGACGUUUUAAUACCUUUAUAAUCAUGAAUUUUGUAUCGAUUUUUAAGUUGCGCUCGGUAUAUCUUAAUUUAUGGAUGACCAUUUCAGCGAGCAGAGAGAGUUCAGGAAGUGCGCAGGUUUUGAAUAUUUUAUGUGCCCUUCAAGCAACAAGUAGACGGCCCACACAUCUUAGGCUCCAUCCAUCCCACCUACAUUGUCACAUGGUUUAACGUGCGAAUAGUGUGGGAUCUGAUAACUACGGUGUACUCUUUUGCUACAUUAAGGAGUCCCGUAUAAUUCUAUUAAAUGUUUCUAUCGCAAGAAAUGUUACAACUGGGAUCAAUUCUUCAGCGAAAAGGAGUGAAAAAAGAGUUGCAAUAUUAUUAUCGUACAAAGUGAGAAUUAUUAACCACUCAUUAAAAUUAAACAUCAUGAAUAAUAAUCACCCGAUUAGGUGCUUAAGUUGCUUUUAAAUUGACAUUAAUAUUAAAUAUAAAUACUAAAAUUUCUAUUAUUGUACAAUCGCUGGGUAAAAGACUAUUUUUGUAAAAUGAGAAUGUAAAUAGUUAAAUAGCUUUAAACG